UCCUGGUGAUUGGAGUUCAUCUAGAAACUCUUCGUUUGACCCCGCUGUCAGUUUAGGGCAGGUUUUUGAAGCAUGUGAUGAAGAUAACAAAGGCUAUUUAAGCAGAGAGGACUUUAAAGUUGCCGUAGUAAUGUUGUUUGGUUACAAACCCUCAAAGGUGGAAGUGGAUUCAGUAAUGUCUUCUGUGCAACCAGAAAAUUCAGGUAUAUUACUUGAAAAAUUUUUAAAUCUCAUGAGCACAAAGAAGGCUGUGCAGCUAUUGGAUAGUGAAACAAGGCACAUGUUCACAGCUUUUGACAUGCAAGACAGAGGAUUUUUGACUUUGGAAGACUUCAAGAAAGUCUUCAAUUCCGUUUCUCCAAGAUUGUCUGAAAGAAUCGUAGUUGAAGCCUUCAGAGAAGUUGAUCAGGAUUCUGAUGGUCAUGUCAGCUUCAAAGAGUUUGAAUCUGCAAUGAAGUACGGACAAGAUGAAGUAUCAACACUGUACUUUGCCUAAAGUAUAUUCUCUAGUGAAAGACAAAGUGAAAACUUUAGAUCUCAAGAUAUUUAAAAAUCAAUGGAACUUCAUUUGUUUCAGUUAGCAUUUUAAGAACUUUGACUAUAAAUGUAGCCCAGAAGAACAGCCUUUGAAGCUUUACUGUUGACAAGUAGGGUUUAUUAAUUUACAUGUGUAUGCGUGUGUAGAAUACUUAAAAUAUUUGAAAUCUCUAUUGAUUCCCAAUCACCCUGGUUAGGAACUGCAACUGUAUACUUUUUCUUUUUGACUUAACAGAUGAAAAAGGAGUGACCCUGAUUUCCAGUUACUAUGAAAUUUAUUUGUUCACUUUUUCAACAGUCCUUUGUUGACAGAACAAAAUAUCUCACCCAUGUACAAACUGAGUAAAUGUAUGACUGAUAAUGCCUGGUCUUUUAGAA